AUGGAAAAAGACCCACGGUAUAGAAUGGGACACAGACUGAAGUUAACGGUGCUUUUUGUUUUGAUGACGCCAGGUUCUUGCGUCGCCCUGAGCACACAGGAGUUCACAGGGGCAGUGGUGUAUUUAAGGAGGUAUGGUUAUCUGCACGUCCCACUGGACAGUAAAAGCCCAAACCCUCCACCUGAGGCUAUAGCUGAAGCAGCAAGAAUCUUUCAGAAAGUGACAAACCUGCAAAUAUCAGGAACCUUGGAUUCAGCCACAGUGACAAUGAUGAAUAAACCUCGAUGUGGUCUCCAGGACUCGUUCAACGACAAAUCCCUCAAGUACAGAGUCAUGGGUUACUGGCGUAAGAAGAUGUUGACCUACCGCAUCUUUAAUUACACUCCUCACUUGGGUCAGGGAAAGACCCGUCUGGCCAUCUUCAACGCCUUUAAGUUCUGGAGUGACGUGUCACCGCUGCGGUUCAAGGAGCUGCAACAGGGAAGAGCAGACAUCAAAUUCUCCUUUCACAGAAAAGAUAAAACAUGUCCAGUUCCCUUUGACGGACGAGGCCACGUUUUAGCCCACGCUGACGCUCCUGAGUCUGGCAUCGUCCACUUUGACGAAGACGAGCUGUGGACGGAAGGGAGGAGCUACGGCUCCAACCUGAUGAUGGUUGCAGCUCACGAGAUCGGCCACGCGCUCGGCCUGGGCCACUCACAAUACUCCAGUGCAGUCAUGGGACCUGUAUACAACGGAUACCGCUCAGACUUCAAGCUGCAUCCGGACGACAUACGAGGGAUCCAAGCUUUAUAUGGAAAAGCAGUGAAUAUUCCUCCGCCCAGAAAUCCAAGUCAGUCAGUGCCAGGAGGAGUUGCAGAUCCCUGCAGAGCCACAUUGGAUGCGGUCAUGUUGGGUCCUUCACAUAGGACGUAUGUUUUCAGUGGUCAGCACGUGUGGACAGUGUCCAGCUCUGGCUACACUUCUCCCAUGCUGAUCUCAGCGCUGUGGAAGGAGCUUCCAGGAAGCCUCAAUGCAGCUGUUCACUCUCAGCGGACUGGAAAGUCCUAUUUUCUGAAAGACGACAAAGUGUGGAGAUACACGGGAUUCAAACUUGACCCCGGCUUCCCCAAACGCUUGGUCAACAUCCCUGCAAAGAUUGACUCGGCCCUGUACUUCAAAAAGAACAAGAAAUUGAUAUUUUUCAAAGGAUCUGGAUACUGGCUGUGGGAUGAAAUUGGUCCGACAGACUUCAGGUCAUAUCCCAAACCCAUCGGCCAUCUCUUCCGUGGAGCACCCAGCAGCACAGAUGCUGCGUUCAUGUGGACAAACGGACAUAUAUACAUAUUUAAAGGCUCUCAGUUCUGGCGUGUAAACCAGAACCACCAAACAGUGGAGAAGGGCUAUCCUCAGAACAUCGCCGCUCACUGGAUGCAGUGUGACGACUGAGCCACCAGAGGCCACCGGGGAUUCAACACAACAGUUUAAAAACAGUGGAAGACGCUUCUUCAUGUCCAUCACACUGUGAGAAUCCCUGGUGUGAGGAAUGAAAGAAUUAUUAUGAUAAUUGUUAUUCAUUUGAGGACAAUUCAUGAGUUCAUGUCAUUGACAAAAGAAGAAAUAUUUGCAUAAUGUGAUGUCUCUCUUUGUGGCAAUGAGAUAUGAAUAUGUGAAAAGUAUCUAUUAACAGACAUGAAAUUAAUAUUUGUGUUGUUAAUUUGUGUUGUGUGAGUCGUUGUUAUCCACUGACAAAUGAGUGAUGUUCAGGCUG